GUAGCCUUUGAUUGAAUGACUCCACUCCAUUGUUGAAGCUGACAGAGACUCCGUUGUAUCGAUGAAUCCUCAAGACGAUAUCACUCCCUUAAGCUCUAGUUCCAUCCACUCCACCCAAAUCCCGGCUCCUUCUGCCAAUGGCGGCGCGGCCGGAGGAAGUGGGAAGAGAGCCGGCGUGCCGCCGUCUCCCCGGAGCUUGAUCCCACCCCCUUCGCCGUAUUCUCAGAUCCCGACGACCCGUCAGCCAAUCGCGUCGCAGAAUUUCACCCCCGGACCCAUGUCUCAGUACUCGUCGCCUUUCUUCUCAUACGAUUCCUUUCCGCCGCCGCCGCCGCCGUACAGAGACUCUCCGUCAGCAUUGCCUCCGAUUCCGUUCGCGAGAGGCUCCGGCUCCGGCAGUAGUGGUCUGCCGCCGAGAAAGGCUCAUAGAAGGGCCAACAGUGAUAAUAUCAUCAGUGGGUUGAAUGCGAUGUUGGCUCAGAACACUCCGAGAUUGAUCUACCCGAAGCCAAUACAUAUGCCUGUUGGGGUUGGUGUGGAGAGUUCAAAGGAAGGAGACGAGCUCUCCAAUGGAGAUGACGACGACUUGGAGAGAAGCAGCAGCGACCCUGAUGCUACUGAUGAGCAGACUGUGUCCAAAACAACCACUACCUCGGGUGUUAAGAGAAGAGCAGGCAAAGAGAUUGCUACUUCAACCAGACUUUGCAGGAGUGUUUCAAUGGAUACUAGUCUCAAUGACCAGACGCAGCCAAAGCUGCCUCCUUCUCCUAGGAAUCUCCAGGUUACCAUUCCUGUUAGAGACGACGUGUUUACUGAGGCUGAGAUGAUUAAGAUUCAGGCCAGUCGCAAACUCAAACUGCUCGCUGCAUCUGAUCCAAAGAAUGUCAAAAGAAUCUUGGCUAACCGGGAAUCAGCUGCACGUUCAAAGGAGAAGAAGGCGCAGUACAUGAACAAGUUGGAAAACAAAGUAGAGUUUUUGCAGACUCAGGCUGUUACUAUGUCUUCAAAGGUCGCGCAUUUGGAGAGAGUUAAUCUGGUGAUGGAAAACGAGAACAGGGAACUGAGGAUUCGUCUUCAAGGAUUGGAGCAGCAGGCGCAACUUCGUGAUUCCUUGAUCGGACAACUGACUGGAGAAGUUCAUCGGCUGAAGGUGGCGACAGGCGAAGUAGUGAACCAAAACUUUGGCGAAACUGACGGAACAAAUAUGCAACCAGUGAACGCAAAUAUGCAACCAGUGAACGCAAACAUGUUCGAGCAACUCAACCUCAACAACCAGUUACAUCAGCCGCAGACAAAUCCCGAUUUCCAGUGAACAGGUCAAUGGAAGUUGAGAGACUUGGUGGCGUAUUGGUAAAUCCUGUAGGAUAUUGGUAUCCGUAUCAAGUUAUAGUUUUUUUA